AUGGCCAAGCCGGACAAAGACGCAGCACAAAGGGCCCUGAGUGCUGCCGAAGCAAGAUUUGUUGCGAACAAUCCCCGCUCAAAGUCGCUCCAUGAGCAGGCAGCCCAGGCAUUGCCCGGCGGCAAUACCCGCACGGUGCUGUACACCUCUCCCUUUCCCCUCAGCAUGAAGCAAGGCAAGGGCGCCUACGUCUGGGAUGAGGACGGCCACAAGUAUUUAGACCUCGUCGGCGAGCUCAGCGCAGGUCUCUACGGGCACUCACACCCUUUGAUCCGAGAAACGCUCCUCUCGACGUUCGACUCGGCGGGCGUCAGCCUGGGCGCCAGCACGGCGCACGAACAGGCCUUUGCGGAGCUGCUCUGCGCCCGCUUCCGCCUCGCCCGCGUGCGCAUGACUAACUCGGGCACCGAGGCCAAUCUGCAUGCGUUCGCUGGCGCGCGGCACUUUACCGGCCGGCGAAAGGUCGUUGUCUUUUCAGGGGGGUACCACGGCGGGGUGCUAUCCUUCCCCGACGGGCGGCCAGCGGCAAAUGUAGUUGAUCAGGCGGACUUUGUCGUGGCGCCGCGGUAUAACGACGUCGCAUCGGCCGUUGAGACGAUCAGUGCUGUUGGGGAUCUCGCGGCUGUGCUGGUUGAGCCGGUGCAGGGCGCUGGUGGGUGUAUCCCUGCCACGCGCGAGUUUCUGAUGGCCGUGCGGGACGCGGCGCGCGCAAAGGGGGCUUUGUUUAUCCUGGACGAGGUCAUGACUUCGCGCUUGGCGCCCGGCGGGCUUGGAGUCGAGAUGGGGUUGGAACCUGAUCUGGUCACGCUGGGUAAGUAUCUUGGGGGUGGGCUCGCGUUUGGGGCGUUUGGUGGGCGCGAGAAUGUCAUGGCCCUGUAUGACCCUCGUAUUGAAGGCGGACUGGCGCAUUCGGGGACGUUCAAUAAUAAUACGUUGGUGAUGGCUACCGGGCGAGCGGCGCUGGAGCGGAUUUACACGCCAGAGGUCUGCGAGGAUUUUAAUAGGAGUGCGGAUGAGUUCCGACGGAAACUAUCGAGUCUCUCUAAGGGGACAAGGUUGUGCUUUACAGGUUGCGGAUCGCUGAUUGGAUUUCAUUUCACUGAUGAUGUCAGGGACGAGGUGUUGUGUGGCGAAGAUAUCAAUGGGAAAGAGAGGAAGGACCUGAGGGAUUUGUUUUGGUUCGAGAUGCUUGAGGCGGGAUUCUGGACGGUGAGAAGAGGGUAUAUCGCUCUGAUACUGGAGACAUCGGAAGCUGAGUUGAAUGCUUUUGUUGAAGCGGUGAGAGCAUUCCUAAAUCGGCAUCACGAUAUCAUGCUGGUGGCAUGA